AUGGGGUCCAAUUCGCUCAUAUCGGCUUGGAUUACGCUCGGCUUGGUCGUCCGUCGAGCGCAAGAUCUUGGCUGCCAGCGACAGAACAACCAGAUCUGGACAACGACAGUCUUACGCGAUCAGCUACGGAAGCGACUCUUCUGGACAAUCUACAUUGCCGACAGAAAAUUGAGCGCUGUUCUUGGCAGACCGCUGGCUCUUCAUGACGAGGAUAUUGAUGUCGAGCUGCCGCUCGAAAUCGAUGAUGCGGCGCUCACGCAAUUGAGCAACGAAGAAAUAUCGCCGGCUACCAGCUCGCCCAACCUGAUCACAGGUCUCAACUGUCAAGUAAGACUGGCACAGAUCUGCGGCAGGGCGUUGAAUACGGUGUACUCGAUCAAGCGCGACUCGAAGAAGAAUAACGAGCCAGUGGACCUGAAACCGAUCGCUGGCCUCGAUUCUGCCCUCAACGAAUGGCUGAGCAAUCUUCCUGCGCAUCUGCAAUGGGACCCCAAACGUGCACACCGAACAUUCGGCGUUCAAUCAGCAGAAUGUCUUUUGAAUUACUACGAGCUACAGAUUCUCGUCCAUCGAGAUUUACUGGCGCCUGAACAGCGCACCGACAUCGGAUACCCCUCAUUAGCGAUCUGCACAAACGCAGCUCGCUCCAUCGCUCACCUGCUAGAGGGCACCAGACGCGCGCAGCUGCUCGAGCGUUGCUGGCUCACCGCCCCAUUCGCAGCCAUUUCUGCCCUCUUGAUUUUACUCGUCAAUCGAUCGAGUCCGAGCGCGUACAGAGGCCUGUCAGGAUCAUCUCUGAUGGAAAUGCCGAAGCUCGUGGACGCAUUGGGUGUGCUCGCUCAGCGGACCUUUGUUGCACAGCGUCUGUACGCUAAAAUCAAAGUCAACAUGACUAUGCAUGGCUCUGGUCCAGACUCAGAGAUCAAGAGAGCCAGAGAAGCAUCCACUGGCCCACCUUUGCAGCACGAAGACGUGAAUGACGUGCCGCCUCGGAAGCGAGAACGUCAGCCCGAGCUAGUCGUGCCUGACGCGUCGUCCAAUACCCGAGAUCUAAGAAUGGACACAUUCAACAGGGAUCCCUGCUUCGGGCUCAGCAGCACAUCACCCACAACUGCAACGCAGGCCUCCUCCGCAGCGUCGCAGCCCUCCUCCGCAGCGUUCUACGAGCAGAUGCUGUCGCUCUCAGAUUUUACCCCGUUCUCCCAAACAGACACCCAUCAUCAGCCGCCCGUCGAGUCGGGACUGACCGAUACAUCCACUGUAGGCUAUGGUACUGGCUCACGAAUCACGACCAAUCUCGGGCAUUCGCAGCACGGUCGUUUCUCGACCUAUCAGGCUCCCGCUACACCUCCACUCGUGUUCAAUAACGAUUGGUUCGACCAGCCGCAAUACUGGGCAAAUCUUGCAUCCGCAUACGCCUCACCUUCGCAGUUCAACGCAUAUUCUGCAUUUCAGUCACCACCGUAG